UUAUAUAAAACAUGCGCGUUUUCGAUCAGUUGUAACGAACAGGUCGUGUGCUAUCCCGUGGUUUUAAAUCUUCAUUAAGCAAAUAAUAGAUAUUAAAAACAAAAAUAGAUAUAUAAACAAUGUCUUCUCGUGCAGGGCGUGCAUUAUUCGUGCAACUCGUGCGCAAAUACAGUAAUGCAUCAGGGAAGGAUGUAAAACACUACAAGCUGGUGAUAGCGGGAGGAGGGACAGGAGGAUGUUCAGUUGCUGCACGUGCGUGUCGUGCACUGGGAGCAGGAAAAGUUGCUGUCAUUGAGCCUGCAGAGUACCACUACUACCAGCCUAUGUGGACACUGGUUGGAGCAGGUAUCAAGAAAGUUGACCAAUCAGCAAUGCCAAUGAGUGAAGUUCUCCCUAAACAGUGUGAUCGUCAUAAGGAACAUGUGUCAGCAUUUGAUCCAGACAAUAAUACAGUCACUCUCAGCAACGGACAAAAGAUAAGCUAUGACUACCUAGUUAUUGCUCUAGGAAUACAGAUAAACUUACACAAGGUUGAUGGCCUGGUAGAAGCUUUGAAGGCUGAUCCAAUGGUAUGCUGUAACUAUGUUCGAGACACGGUCGAGAAGACAUACCCGGCGUUACAGAAGUUUCAGGGAGGCACGGCUAUAUUCACAUUCCCAAACACACCAAUCAAAUGUGCUGGAGCACCACAGAAAAUAAUGUACUUGGCAGAUGAGUUUUGGAGAAAGAAUGGUGUGCGAGACAAAACAGAAAUUCUGUAUAACACAUCUUUAGGGGUGAUUUUCGGAGUUAAGAAAUAUGCAGCAAGCUUACUUGAAGUUGCCAAGAAAAAGGACAUUAAAGUGAAUUACAAGAGAAAUUUGGUGGCUGUAGAUCACAAUAAAAAGUUAGCAACAUUUAAACUGCUUGAGAGUGAGUCAGGAGAGGAGGAGACAUAUAAAUAUGAUUUCCUACAUGUAGCACCCCCAAUGUCGGCCCCUGACACAUUGAAGAAUUCUACAUCACCUAUCACAGAUGCUGCUGGAUUUCUGGAUGUAAACAAAGAGACACUGCAACAUAAUAAAUACCCGAAUAUCUUUGGUCUCGGAGACUGUACCAGUGUUCCUACAUCUAAGACUGCAGCAGCUGUUGCUGGCCAGAAUAAAAUUUUAUACAGAAGUUUAAAACAAGUAAUGGCAGGGCAGAGUCCGGAUGGACAGUAUGAUGGCUAUACAUCAUGUCCUCUGAUCACUGGGUACCAUUCCUGUAUCCUGGCAGAGUUUGAUUUUGAUGGCCAGCCACUGGAGACUUUCCCAUUCAACCAAGGCAAGGAAAGAAGAUCAAUGUUGCACCUGAAAAGAGACGUCAUGCCGGAAAUGUACUGGAGAAUGCUUCUUACGGGACGCUGGGGUGGACCAAAGCCUUACAGGAAGAUCAUGCAUCUUGGAAUGUCAAGAUGAACAGGUUGUCUGGCAUUACGUUUGCCUUCACUACUAAUGCUAUAUUAUCCACAAAGUGGCAGAACAUUUAGAUAGACUCUAUAAUACAACUGUCUGCAGAAAAUGAUCUCAUUUGAGGCAGACUUAAAUAUGUAAAAAGAGUUGUUUUAAGACUUAUGUACAUGCAUUUUGCAGUGUUAUAUUUUACCUUUGUGUACAAAGAUACACAUGUAACAGCUAGCGUUUUGAAGCUUUAUAUUUUGGCUGACGCAAUAUAUUCUUAUUGACCACAAUGGUUUUUGGACAUCAGGUGUAUCCAUGAUUUAUUAUUUAAAGGUUGUCUGUUUAGCUAAGGCUCUUGUACAUAACUCAUUAUAUCUCAUGGUUUGAUGGUCUGUUGUCAAUUUGUUAUACAAAUAUUGUUUUUAGAUUAAAACCUGAGCUACUAUCACUUCAUAUUUGGAAAGUGUAACUGAAUUUUGUUUAACUUUAUCAUCACCUAUAUUCAUCAUUAACCUUCAUGUAUGUGUUUAUUGUGAGGUUGCUCUUACAGACCUAAACAGUUCGGGAAUGUAGGACAAAAACCCUCUCAGUGAUUUUAACAUAGGCAGACAAAAACCCACCCUAAUUAUUUUCCAAGUGGACUAAAACACACCCUAUAUAAUUUGUAAGCAGACGAAAACCCACCUGUGGCAAAAUAUUCAAGGCAGACGAAAUUUCACAAUCCAUUUGCUAAAAGUGCUACUUUUUUAUAUAAAAGUGCUAUGAUCUGAAGUAAGUAAGUAAGUAACGCUGCUUGUGUUUUGUAAAUAUUAUUAAUUCUCCACAUGACUGGUAUACAUGCAUUCUUCAGUUAGAUUUACUUUUUUAUCAGAUUCAACUCUUAUAUUUUGUUUCGAUAAGGGUUAACAUUUAAUAUAAUAUUAAUUCCUUAUUUUCGUUUGAAUCUGAUUAUUAUAUCAUUUUAAAUCUAUUUCUGAUCAUGUUCAACUCAUAUAAUUAUAUCAUUUUCAUAAGAGUUUAUGUCCACCUAUGUAAAAAUCACUGGGUGGAUUUUUGUCCGUAGGGUUUUUGUCCAUCCACCGCAGUUCGGACAGGUACCCACUGCAAAGAAGAUGUUAUAAAAUACAUCUUUUUUAGCUCACCUGUCACAAAGUGACAAGGUGAGCUUUUGUGAUCACACGGUGUCCGUUGUCCGUCGUCCGUCCGUCCGUCCAUCCGUAAACUUUUGCUUGUGACCAAUCUAGAGGUCACAUUUUUCAUGGGAUCUUUAUGAAAGUUGGUCAGAAUGUUCAUCUUGAUGAUAUCUAGGUCAGGUUCGAAACUGGGUCACGUGCCUUCGAAAACUAGGUCAGUAGGUCUAAAAAUAGAAAAACCUUGUGACCUCUCUAGAGGCCAUAUUUUUCACAAGAUGUUCAUGAAAAUUGGUCAGAAUGUUCAUCUUGAUGAUAUCUAGGUCAAGUUCGAAAUUGGGUCAUGUGCCAUCAAAAACUAGGUCAGUAGGUCUAAAAAUAGAAAAAUCUUGUGACCUCUCUAGAGGCCAUAUAUUUCAUGAGAUCUUCAUGAAAAUUGGUGAGAAUGUUCACCUUGAUGAUAUCUAGGUCAAGUUUGAAACUGGGUCACGUGCCAUCUAAAACUAGGUCAGUAGGUCAAAUAAUAGAAAAACCUUGUGACCUCUCUAAAGGCCAUAUUUUUCAUGGGAUCUGUAUGAAAUUUGGUCUGAAUGUUCAUCUUGAUGAUAUCUAGGUCAAGUUCGAAACUGGGUCACGUGCGGUCAAAAACUAGGUCAGUAGGUCUAAAAAUAGAAAAACCUUGUGACCUCUCUAGAGGCCAUAUAUUUCAUGAGAUCUUCAUGAAAAUUGGUGAGAAUGUUCACCUUGAUGAUAGCUAGGUCAAGUUCGAAAGUGGGUCACGUGCCAUCAAAAACUAGGUAAGUAGGUCAAAUAAUAGAAAAACCUUGUGACCUCUCUAGAGGCCAUAAUUUUCAUGGGAUCUGUAUGAAAGUUGGUCUGAAUGUUCAUCUUGAUGAUCUCUAGAUCAAGUUUGAAAGUGGGUCACAUGCCACCAAAAACUAGGUCAGUAGGUCUAAAAAUAGAAAAACCUUGUGACCUCUCUAGAGGCCAUACUUGUGAAUGGAUCUCCAUAAAAACUGGUCAGAAUGUUCACCUUGAUGAUAUCUAGGUCAAGUUUGAAACUGGGUCACGUGCCUUACAAAACUAGGUCAGUAGGUCAAAUAAUAAAAAAAACCUUGUGACCUCUCUAGAGGCCAUACUUUUCAUGGGAUCUGUAUGAAAGUUGGUCUGAAUGUUCAUCUUGAUGAUAUCUAGGUCAAGUUCGAAACUGGGUCAACUGCGGUCAAAAACUAGGUCAGUAGGUCUAAAAUUAUUAAAAUCUUUUGACCUCUCUAGAGGCCAUAUUUUUCAAUGGAUCUUCAUUAAAAUUGAUCUGAAUGUUCACCUUGAUGAUAUCUAGAUAAAAUUCAAAACAGGGUCACGUACCUUCGAAAACUAGGUCAAUAGGUCAAAUAAUAGAAAAACCUUGUGACCUCUCUAGAGACCAUAUUUUUCAAUGGAUCUUCAUGAAAAUUGGUCAGAAUUUUUAUUUUGAUAAUAUCUAGGUCAAGUUCAAAACUGGGUCGCAUGAGCUGAAAAACUAGGUCACUAUGUCAAAUAAUAGAAAAACGACGUCAUACUCAAAACUGGGUCAUGUGGGAAGAGGUGAGCGAUUCAGGACCAUCAUGGUCCUCUUGUUUAAGAAUGAUGCCAUGCAGUAUAAUGUAGAAUCUAAACGAGAAACAUGAACUCAGAUAGUAUUACAUGUAAUUAUAAGAAGCAAUAAUUUGAUUUCUAAUAUUUUCAUAGGGUAAAUAUAUUGUACCACCAAUAAUUUCUCAUUUUAUUAUCUGUGUUGUUGUGAUGCAGUUCAUUUUGUAAUCAUUCAAGUUUGAAAUUUUUACAACCUUGUUUUUUUACCCUGUAAAAUAUAGCUGCUCAUUUAGAAUUCAUUCCAUUUACUGUUGAAAUAUUUUAAGUACAAUAUAGUUUUAUAGCAAAUUUUGAUCCCCAUUUUAUGUUAACUGUUUUGCAUUUCUUAAAUGAAAUUUUAAUAAAUCUUUGUCAAA